UCAUUUAUAUUAUUAUUAUCAUUUUCAGUCAUAUUUGUGCAUAUUUUAUUGAAAAACACGGAGGUGUUUGCCUCUGUAGGUCCUAAAAGCAUAGACCACAGAUCUCUGUCUUCUGUGUUCUUUUCUGUAUGUGUGUGUAUUGGCCACUAUGUGUCGCUCCGGGUCGACUCGUGUUUUUCCGGCAGUCUCCGGUGCAUCGCUUUCCUUGACUUCAUGAAAAAAAACAAACCGUCGGGCCGCCUUCCUCCCUUCGCAUUAGCUCUCCUGAAUCUUUGACGUUUUUCGUUAAUUUUGGAUAAAAUACCACUGAUUUUAUCGAUUAUCGUUAACGGUUUCCGCACUUGUUAUUCUUCUCCAGUUCGUACCAGGCUCGGCAACGCUCGGACCCCGCUCUGUCCCGCUGCUGCUCGGUCACAUUCGGCUCCUGUCGUUCGACGGAAGAAUGGACGAAGCGGACUCGGCCACGAAGGCGCUCGGGCUGGAUGAACCGCCCAUCGGCGGGCCGCCGGUGGAGGGAGUGGGCUCGGAUACCGAGUCGGAGGCCGAAGUCACCACGAUGGCCGUGAUGGCGGAACCGGGAAACAUCGACAUGGGAGCCGAGUCCCUGCCGAACCCAGACGAGGCCGAGGCGGCGUUUGCAGAGGUGGCAGUGACGGUGGGAGACGUUCAGGCUGCAGAGGACAACGUUUUCACCACAACGGUCGCCACGUCAGGAAGCCUCCCUGAACACGUGCUGAGUGGGAGGACGACCCUCCAGCUGGGCGAAGGUCUUAGUACCCAGAAGGCCACUUUGAUCGUGGUUCACACCGACGGCAGCAUCGUGGAGGCAACUGGCCUCAAGUCCGCCACCGCCAUCGCACCAGGUCCACCGACCACGCCCUCGCCGCUGACUCCAACCCAGGACAAAGACUCCUGCUCCAAGUACAACUGGGACCCCUCAGUGUACAACAACGAGCUGCCGGUCCGCUGCAGGAACACCAGCGGAGUCCUCUACAAGAACAGGCUGGGAUCAGGGGGUAAAGGUCGUUGCAUCAAACACAACCAGCAGUGGUUCACUCCCACUGAGUUUGAAGGUCUGGCAGGACGAGCGAGCAGCAAAGACUGGAAGAGGAGCAUCAGAUACGCCGGCAGACCCCUGCUCUGCCUCAUACAGGAGCGUAUCCUGAACCCCCACGCCGCCUCCUGUACCUGUGCAGCCUGCUGCGACGACCUGACAGCGUGUCCAAAGGAUGGAGACACUCUGGCAGCAGAAAACAUCAGUAUGACCGGUCCGGUCCGCCUCUUCGUCCCCUACAAGAGACGGAAGAAGGACAUGGAGCCUCCGGUCGUCCCCCCGAAAAAGGAACUUCCUGCCACCAAAAACAUCACGCUGACCCCGGGGACCACAUUCACUGUGUCCCCGUCAGGACAGUUCACCACCUCCGGCGCCUUGACCUUCGACCGAACUCCCACAGGUGACGCCGCUGCUGCCGCCGCCGCCGCCAUCAUCUCAGAGGGCUCGGCGCAGAGCGAGGUGUUUGCCAGCACCGCAGUGCUGACGGCGUUGCCAGCCUUGGCCGUGACUCCUCAGCCCGUUCAGGCCAAGAUGGCGGUGACGGCAGCGGCGGUGGCGUCAUCUCCGUCUCCGUCGGCGGGGCUGGUGAGCGGGCUGGAGGUGGGGCCUGUCGGGGCCGGGGCCGGGUCGGCGGUGACGGUGAGCGAGGGGCAGAAGAACACCUGGCUGUACCUGGAGGAGAUGGCCAACACGCUGCUGAGCAACGUCCAGCAGCUGAAGGCUCUGAUCGAACAGGCCAAGAACGCCACGGGGGACUCGGCCGGGUUCAAAGGUCAGGGCGGGAGGAAGGAGUGUGGUUUCAGUCCGUCGUAUCAGAACCAGAUUUCCUUUCAGCAGCCGGACGACUCUGAGGUCAAGAGGAGCUCCGACAUUACCGAGAUCAUCAUCAACCAGAUGUGUGUGAACUGUGGUCGGGAGGCGAUGAGCGAGUGUACGGGCUGCCGCAAAGUCAACUACUGCUCCACCUUCUGUCAGAGGAAGGACUGGAAGGAUCAUCAGCACACCUGCUGUCAGUCAGCAGGGGGCGUCGCCGUCCAGGACGAGGAGCCAAUCACAGCCAUUGACAUGGACAAGGUGAAAUGAAGGUGUUACAGGUGUUCUCCAGGUUGUCCUCGUCAGCUGCUGCAGACAGGAAGUCCUCAUGUGGGCAAAGAGGAGAGUGUUCUGCUUAAUAUCUCCUCACUGGGACUUUUAUUUUGAAAGUUUCCCCUCAGAGCAGCAGCGGUGGGUGUGUGAUCUCCUGAGAACUGAACUCUUUGUUUAUGAACUCCACUGAUUUUUUAUUUCUAAUGAGACUGGACGUAAGAGGAGCUGCAGCUCAACACAGCUCGUCUUAUCGCUUAUUGAUCAGUUAUAUUUUAAUUAUUUUAUCAGUCGCUCUAAUGAGGAUUUUUAUUCCUUAUCCUCCCUUCCUCUGUCUUUUGUUGACUCAUUAAUUUUCUGCCAUUUUAACUCCCGAUGAGCAGAGUUUGGCUGAAUAAAGGUCAGACACAUCAAUAAAAUAAAAAAGAAUAUUA